GGCAGCUAUGGUCCAGUCCUGAGCGCCCCGCCAUGGCCGGCGCCCCCAGCCUGCUGCGCCUGGCGCUCCUGCUGCUCGGGGCGGUGGGCAGGGCCGGUCCCCGCCCCCAGGGCGCCACUGUGUCCCUCUCGGAGACAGUGCAGAAAUGGCGGGAGUAUCGACGCCAGUGCCAGCGAUUCCUCACUGAAGCACCACCUCUGGCCACAGGCCUCUUCUGCAACAGAACCUUUGAUGAUUAUGCCUGCUGGCCAGACGGGCCCCCAGGGUCCUUCGUGAAUGUCAGCUGCCCCUGGUACCUGCCCUGGGCCAGCAGUGUGCUUCAGGGCCAUGUGUACCGGUUCUGCACAGCUGAGGGUCUCUGGCUACACAAGGACAACUCCAGCCUGCCCUGGAGGGACCUGUCGGAGUGUGAAGAGUCCAAGCGAGGGGAGAGAAACUCCCCCGAGGAACAGCUACUGUCGCUGUACAUUAUCUACACUGUGGGAUACGCACUUUCCUUCUCCGCCUUGGUCAUUGCCUCAGCCAUCCUUGUUGGCUUCAGACACUUGCACUGCACCCGGAACUACAUUCACCUGAACCUGUUCGCAUCCUUCAUCCUCCGAGCACUGUCUGUCUUCAUCAAGGAUGCCGUCCUCAAGUGGAUGUACAGCACGGCUGCCCAGCAGCACCAGUGGGAUGGGCUCCUCUCCUACCAGGACUCUCUGAGCUGCCGGCUGGUGUUCCUCCUCAUGCAGUACUGCGUGGCGGCCAAUUACUACUGGCUGCUGGUGGAGGGCGUGUACCUCUACACGCUGCUGGCCUUCUCCGUGUUCUCGGAGCAGUGUGUCUUCAAGCUGUACCUGAGCAUAGGCUGGGGUGUUCCUCUGCUCUUUGUCAUCCCCUGGGGCGUGGUCAAAUACCUCUAUGAGGAUGAGGGCUGCUGGACCAGAAACUCCAACAUGAACUACUGGCUCAUCAUCCGACUGCCCAUUCUCUUUGCUAUUGGGGUCAACUUUCUCAUCUUCAUCCGGGUCAUCUGCAUUGUGGUAUCCAAACUGAAGGCUAAUCUCAUGUGCAAGACUGACAUCAAAUGCAGACUUGCCAAGUCCACUCUGACGCUCAUCCCCCUCCUGGGGACCCAUGAGGUCAUCUUUGCCUUUGUGAUGGAUGAACAUGCCCGAGGAACCCUACGCUUCAUCAAACUGUUCACGGAGCUCUCCUUCACUUCCUUCCAGGGCCUGAUGGUGGCCAUCUUGUACUGCUUUGUCAACAAUGAGGUCCAGAUGGAGUUUCGGAAGAGCUGGGAGCGCUGGAGGCUGGAGCACUUGAACAUCCAGAGGGACAGUAGCAUGAAACCCCUCAAGUAUCCCACCAGCAGCGUCAGCAGCGGGGCCACCAUGGGCAGCAGCGUGUAUGCGGCCACCUGCCAGACUUCCUGCAGCUGAGCCCCAGUGUUGCGCCUUCCUGUGGUCCUUGCUGCUGGCUGGGUGUCCAUCCCAGGUGGGAGAGACCCUCCCAGGGACAGGGAUGGGGAGGGACACAGGCACACACACACACACACACCCCUUGCUUUCCCUCCUCCAAAUCUCUCAGACAGGCAAGUGGACAGUGCCCCCCGGGACUGUAGACACAUGUUCUCCAAGGAGAACAGCCUGCUAAUUUAAUCACCCUGGCAGGAAGAGAGGAAGAAACGAUUGCAGCUAAAACGAGGAGGACUCCUUCCUGUUAAAGCCACAAGGCCCUUGGGGUUCCCUCGGACAGAGCAGCAAAUCAGCCCCAGACUCCUACUCAAGGGCACUUGCUGGUUAGUGGGGCUGGGGUUUGCGAGAGGAGCAGUCCCACGAGAGACCCACCGUUCUAACCUCGGCCAGCACGGAGCUUGGCAAGGUGAGCCGCUGCUGGGCUUUGUGUCUGCCUGGGGUUGCCACCUGCGUCAGCCUCCUCGUGAAAGAAGAGAGGCUUGCUCCAUGCGCCUGGGUUGCUGGCAUUCCCUCGUCUGCCCAUUCAUCUCACCAUCCAUCUUGCCUUGGGACCGGGGCUUUCUUGGAGCUACAACCCGCAGCUCUCUCUGGAAGCGGCUGUGAGUGAUGUUUAGGAUAAGUACUAAGGAGAUGCUCAGAGGUCGCCAUUGCUGGUGCCCGCUUCUCACCCAAUCCUUUAAGUCACUUUGCUCUCAGCUUCUGAUGUGCCUAGGGUACUAGGGCAAGUCCUACAGUGAGGAGCCCAGACCUGGGGUGUGAGGUUAAGAAGCUCAAAUGCCCUCCUCUCGGGUUCAUGUGGAGUCACUUAAGGAAUGUCCCACUAGGAGUGUUGAUGACAUGAAUCUAGAUGAGCAAGAGAUCCAUUGCCUCCAGCCCUGCACCCUAUCUGUGACCAGAUUCCAUGUCUUGGAUGGGAAUUGGGGUACAUCCUCUAAAACCAAUAGCUCUUAACAUUGCUAAGAUGGCAGGCUCCCCUGACUUUGAAAUCCUCCCACUUUAAACACAUAUACACACUUCUAUAUGUAUGCAUGUAUAUACAUGUAUAUGUGUAUAUACACUUUACCCCUUCCCCUUUAUUGUGGUGGCUAUUGUGUCUUUACCAACAUACAAUUCUGAUUUCUCCCACCCAAUGGAAGAACUAAACCAUAGCUGUUGUUAUGUUUAGUGGGUGUGGGGGAAGUGAUCGAUUUUAUCCUCCCCAGACUCCUCCCACACAUAAUGAGCAGUAGAUAGGGCAGAAUGGAGGAAAAUCCAUCACUCCUACCCCAGCCACCAUGGUAAAGUUGUCACGGGACAGCACCGCAGAGACUCAGAUCCAAGAACGGCCUCUCUGGGAAAGGCAAUGAGUUCACAGAGGCCAUGGAAGCUUCCAGAGCUGGAAAGAAGCCUAGUAGUCCAGACCUCCUUUGAGGUUGAGGUAGGGGUGGCUUCAGACGGAGUCUUGUGUGAGGCUGAUCUCUCCUUCAUCCUGUGGAAAGUGGGGGACCCUCCCCAAUGCUUUCACUAGACACAUUCUCCUGUGCCCCUUGGAGAAGCACGGGACAUGUAUGGGAGAUAAUAAGGGACCAUAAAAUAUACCAAGCAGAAAAUUUCUUCUCCUUCAGCUUUGACCAAGUGUUGUGUCUAUGUUAAUAGGGAAGUGGAGCCUCAGGCUAGAGAAAAGCCAUGCCGCCUUGCUACCUCCUUAACCAAGACACAGGGUCCAGCGGGGGAAGCGGGCCCAGGAUCGUCCACUGCCUAAGAACCAGGGCAGGCUUCCCAUUGGGCACCCCUUUCUUGCUUUCCCCCUGGGAACAGCAGAAAGAUAAGCGUGGGAUAAACUGGGGACUUUGGAGAAUCAUUAAUUACACAUGAGUGAAAGGAAAAGACAGAUUUAAUCUGCCUGAAAUAAAAUUUCCAGGGGAGAGAUGCUGGAAGAGCGUAGGCAACUCAGUAGGAGCCAUUUAUGUGGGGUCCUUUCCCCCUCUGGACUCUGGAUUCCCGGGUUCUCCACACUCCACAGUCCAGGAUUUUCAGUGCAGGUUUUCCUUGCCAGAUUUGUGAUGCUGAAGAAAUGUUUGCCUUUCCCCAAAUCCCCAUUCUAUUUAUGUUUGUUUGAAUGGCACCACACUUCCCCUGAGCUCUUUCCAAACUUGCCCAAGCUAAAUAUAGCUCCCCUAGGUCUGGGAAUUAUCCAAUGCUAUGUACUCUGAAAUUCCACUAGCUGUUUACAUACCUCAUGCCAUAAGUCUAAGCCUGGCAUUGCUGAGAACUCUCUGGCUGCGCCUGACCCUGUCCUGGGGCUACACUGCUGGCCUAUAGGGUGUGUAAGUGGAGGCUUUGUUGGAGAUAUACAGCCAGUGGGUGUAUAUGUAAUUGUCUAUGACUGCUGACUUCAGCACUCUGGCCAGCUCCUGGGACCGUGGUAGCGGCCGAAGUCUCAAAGACUCUCAUAGGCCACUUCAACCUUUGAACAGCUAAAUCAUUGAGCUUCACAAAUCACUUACACUGCCUUCUCUUUCAAAUGACUUUCUGGAAGGCAGGCAUGAUUGCAAUUGCCCCAGCACUCGAGACAACAUUAGUGGGGUUCUGGGAUGCUUCGUGUUCAGGACGGAUCCUGACAGUUCCUCCUGACCUUGAUCUACAGAAGUGAGGAGAGAAGCUUGCAAAAAGGUUUGCUGGGGGCCACAGCACUAGCCUGCCAAUGCGGAUGGGCCUCUGGGCAGGCCAGGUGAAAGCAUGAAUGGUCAUUCAAGAUGUGCCAAGUACAAGUCCUCACGUGACCUGGAAUUUAUAUUGAGGAAAUGGAAGAGCAAAAGUGAACUCACCACAUGGCAAAGGUGUGUCGUCCCUGGCAAGAGGAUUGGGGCGUGCUUUACUGCAUGAUCUAGUAUCUCCCUCAUUCUUGUCUUAAAAUUAAGAGAUGAGGGGGGUGGAGAGAAGAGCCAGUGGUUAAGAAUGUGAACUGCUUCUGGACAGGACCCGAGUUCCCAGCACCCACCCACAUCAGUAGGCUCAUGAUCUCUUGGAACUUCAGCUCCAGGGUGUCUGACACCCUCUUUUGGCCUCCACUGGAACCUGGACACAUGUGGACCUGUGGCAUACACACAACUCAUGCAAACACAUACAUACACAUAUACACAAAUGAUGAAAAAUAAAAUCUUUAAAAACAAAGAGAUGAAAUGCAUCUCAGCAUACGGGACUGACAGUAUUUGAGAGAGCAGUCAUGGCAUUCUUAGUGACUAUCUUAAAGUUUUUCAGAUUCAUCUUUUUGUUUAAAAUGUGUUAGGAGGCACAUGAAGUGACUGAACGAAACAAAAUGGUGACCCAGAACUUCAACUUUCCCCCCCUAGUGCUCCCUGAAUUUUGGAGAGCUCUCACAAAUUGGACCACUAGAUGGUACAGUGCCCCGAAGGACAAAUAGAGUCAGUUUGCAUUCAUGCCUGAGCUGGCUGUGUUUCAGCAAUCCAAGGGAAAGAACACUGUGUGUGCCUGUGUUUGUCCUGUGCAUUCCAGUCCAAGGUGAGGAGAUGCUGGAGCCAGGUUCAGCCCUCCUCCACCAUGAAGGUCACAGGCCUGCACAGUCAGGGCAGGUUGGGUGUGCUGGUUAGGAGUCUGGCAGAUGCAGCCCCUCCAUGCACAGGCAGGGCUUCCAUUAUCACUAAUGCCUACGACGUGCUCGGGGAAGGCAGAAUGUGUUUCAAAGCUUUAUUUUCCAUCUGCUGAAUUGAUUCUAAUCUACAGGGCUGACUCUACUUUUGGCUCCUAGGAGGCAAACUUUUUUUCAAUCCCCAAAUAAUAAAACACGAGGAUUGAUUUUGCUAAGACUGCUAUGCAAAUGGCAUGUUAAAUAUUCAACAGAAAGCAAAUUAGCAUCAGCUCUAAUGUCACAGUAGGGUGGGUUCCCUCCUCAACCUUUUUUUUUGAUAGCUCAAUUGAGUUUCCUUGUUGAGAAAAAGGGUCCAGUUUGAGAAUCUUUUACCCACAUUGCCAUGCUCCCAUGCUGUUGUCUGUAGCCUGAGCCAUUUCUCUGGCCCUGGGGACAACCACAUCAAGAAGAAUUAUUCAGGAUCAGCGAGAUGGCUCAACUGGUAAAAGCACUUGCCUAUAAGCCAGAUGACUUGAGCUUGAUCCUGGAUACCACAUGUUAGAGAGAACUGACUCCCACAAUUGUCAUCUGACCUCUACAUGUAUGAGAUGGCAUGCAUAUCCCCCAAAACAUACCCACAUAAUAAAUAAUUGUAAUUUUUUUAAAAAUUAAAAGAAUAAUAACAGUCACAUUGCUUUGGAAAAUAUUUUCUUAAAGAAGUGUGGGUAAGCAGUGUGCUUUUGAGAGCUUUCCUUUCCAUGGUGUGUCUAGAGUAUAGUUAUUUCUGCUCUGCUGAUGGGAUGAUUGGCAGGAUGUUGUGGGACAAUGCUCUUGUACACUGUAAAGAUUUGUCACUCGUAUUGGUUUAAUAAAACACUGA